UAUCUAUACUUUUCUAAUUUUAAAAUGGUACCACCCGACUUCUCAUGGUUGGUUUAAAGUGGGAUUGAUAACUGAGUGGAGCAUCCAUGUGCUUCCAAAUCCUUCUCUAUUAACAAAACCCAACAUAAUCAUAAAAAUUUAUUUUGUUUGUCUCAAGCUGGAGGCUAGCUAGCUAGACCCCGCUAGGAAUAUUCUAAUCACCAAUUAAGCAUUGAUCACCAAAUAAUUAAGUUGCCUAUAUAUAAAGGAAGCAACCCUGAAGGCUGUAGCUAACUAACUCAUCAUUCAUAAAGAUAAAACGCAACCAUGUAUGCUUCAACUUCCUUCACUUCACACAUAGUUCAUGACCUUGUCAUACAAUCUCACUCAAGAAGGUUACUCAUGCUCCCAAAUCCACUUGCUCAUCACGAUUCCUCACCACCUCCAACAAACAACAACUCAACCCAUUUAUACCUCGGAAACAGUUCUUUCGAUGCCAACGUUGUCAUGGUCCUCUCCGUCCUCCUAUGCGCACUUAUUUGCUCCUUAGGAUUGAACGCAGUCAUAAGGUGUGCUUUGAGGUGUUCCGAUUUGGUAAUCAACGACUCAUCAUCGUCAUCAAAUCCUAGCCCUUCAUCAUCAUCAUCAAGUAGUCGAUUGGCCAACACGGGAAUCAAGAAGAAAGCUUUGAAGACUUUUCCGAUAAUCACAUACGAGUCAACUGAGUUAAACAAAGUACCUGGUUUGGACACCGAGUGUGUGAUAUGCCUCUCGGACUUCACAAAUGGUGAAAAGUUGCGUAUUCUGCCAAAAUGUAACCAUGGCUUCCAUGUUAGCUGCAUUGACAAGUGGCUCACUUCUCAUUCAUCUUGUCCCAAGUGCAGACACUGCCUAAUUCACACGUGCCAAAAGAUUGUUGGCGGAACUACUCAUCCUCCUCCUCCUCUACCUCAAACCAUUAUAAGCAUUGAACCACUGGACCCAGAAACUAUGGUGCGUAAUUAUACAUAGAUAGCAACCAAACUAAAUUAGUAUGCAUAGAACUCUGGUACGGCUCUGUUCUGUUCAGUGAAGCCAAAGGCUAUAUAGCUACCCAACACCAAUAUUCACUCAUAAACAAUGGGUGGUGGUAGUUGGUAAUGAAAAUUAUGUUUAUUUAUUUUAUUUUU